AUGGCCUCCAAUGCAGUGAAGCAAGCCGUCAAGGCACCCUCGAAAUUGCAGAAGAUUUUGGCGAAUUUGAAUGCUGCGCCGAGGUUGGAUUUGACGGGUGUCAAGACUUUGAAGCUCACAUAUGCCUACCGGAAUGAUCAUUGGGGUGCCAGGCACUUUGCGAAGGAACAUCUUCCUCGUAUAAGAUGGGCGAACCCAGAGUUGGAUAUUCAGGUGGAGAAGGUGCUGAAGACUGCGAAGGACGAGUGGAGGCCCGAAUUGGAGAUUCAAUUGGAAAACGGCCAAAACAAAACCAUCAACCUUGCUGGAAAGUGGUCAACGUCGAUCGUUAAGGAGCUUAUGGAGAUUGGUGGAGGCUCUCAGUGGCAGAAGUGGAAAGAGGAGGCGCAGGCUCAAGGGGGGGAGGUUAUCCCUGGGGAGAAGAGCGAGUUGCCACCGAGCCAGAGGCUUAAAGUGAAGACCGACUUGCCUUCGCUGUCGCAGUUCAGGUCUUCGAAGGGGAAGGAGGGUGCAGCGCCUAUACCUGAUGCGCCUUCCAGUUCAUCUCAGGCGUCGGCUUCUUUGUAG